AUGCAUUCUUAUGGUGAUAUCAUGUGCAUUUUCUACAUGCUUCAGAACAUAAUUGGAUCAUUUGGAAAUGGUUUACUCCUUUGCUUCUGUGGCUAUAAUAUAAUCACUGGUCAAAGCAUAAGACCCAUUGAACUGAUAUUCAUUAAUUUGGUCUUUUCCAACAUUAUGAUGAUUGUCUUGAGGGGAGUUCCAUGGGCAAUCUAUUCUUGCAUUCAGAAAAUUUUUGUGGGUGACAUUGAAUGUAAAAUCAUAAUUUAUCUUCAAAGAGUAGCCCGGGGAAUUUCCCUUUGCACUACCUGCCUUCUGAGUGUCUUUCAGGCCAUUAGCAUUAGUUCUGGCCAUUCCAUAUGGGCUAAGCUCAAAGCCAGGGUCCAAAAGUACAUUGUUCCAUUCUGUGUUUUCAUAUGGGUUCUCAAUCUGCUGAUAGAUGGGGUUGUGCCUCUAUAUGUGACUGCCACUAGGAACAACACAAACAGCAACCUGAGUAGAAAUCUAGGGUAUUGUUCUGUAGACAGGCAUGCCUUGAAUACCUCAAAACUUGUAAUCUAGAAGUUACUUUAUGAUGUAGGGUUUGUGGCAUUCAUGGCCAUUACCAGUGGGUAUAUGGUGGUUGUUUUGUGCAGACACCACUGGCACGUCCAGCACAUUCAUAAGACCAGCCUCAACCCCAGUUCUUCCCCAGAGACCAGAGCUACCAGAGCCAUCCUGUUGCUCAUGAGCACCUUUGUGUGCUUCUACUCAUUCAGUUCCAUCUUUAUUAUUGUGAUGGAUAAUUCUAAAGACACAAACCUAUGGAUGAUCCAUAUCUUUGUUGUUUUUUCCUUGUGUUACCCAGCAAUAAGUCCCUUUCUUUUAAUCUGUAGUGAUUCCCAGAUACCCAAUUGUUAUAAUGCAUUCAAAGGGGUGAAAAAAUCUUAA